UCUAUUCUAGCUUGGUGAUAAUUUUUGUUAACCUCAAAACCAACUUCCGAUGCACCCAUUAACAUUAUUAUCAUACCAAAUACAGAUUAGAUCAAACAAACAAAUGAUAAAACGUUAGUGUCUGACUAUCGAAUUUGUGCUAGAUCCAACAUAUAAAACAGAACAGAGAAAUUAAUUCUUCCGUUAGUGUAAUGCAAACGGCGAAACUGCAAUGAUGGAGACGACUUUCAAUGAAAUCGAAAACGAAUUGAUUGAUGACUGUUACAAUUUCAUAAAUGUGUUGGCCAUCGAUGCUGGUACAUUGGUGAAGAAAGGUUUCACGAAAGCGAAAAAUGUGUCAUACAAAACAUCAAACGCUGACUUAGUAACUGAAUAUGAUCGUCGAUGUGAACAGUUGCUCAUCCAAGGAAUACAGAAUAGAUAUCCCGAUCAUAAAUUUUUGGCUGAGGAAUCAACAUCAAAGUUGGAGUUAACUGAUGAUCCUACAUGGGUAAUUGAUCCCAUUGACGGAACGACGAAUUAUGUGCACGGUAUUCCGUUGAUUGCCAUUUCAAUAGCUCUUGUGUUGAAAAAGCAAAUAGUUAUUGGGGUCAUAUACAAUCCGUUGCACGAAGAAUACUUUAAGUGUCGUUUAGGACGCGGAGCCUAUCUCAAUGAUGAGAGGAUAUAUUGCAGCAAAACGGAAACGCUUGAACAAUCUGUCUAUGCUCAUGAAGUAUCGAUGGCCUCGGUGGAAUGGCUGCGUGAGAAGAAUAUGAAGCGAGUCUAUAAAUUUGCAUCUAUUGCUCGGGGAUUGCGAACGCUGGGAAGUGCAGCAUUAACAUUAGCAUAUGUUGCUAGAGGCUGCAUAGAUGGCUAUCAAGUUGACGAUCUGAAACCAUGGGACGUUGCUGCCGGUGCACUACUGAUACGAGAAGCGGGCGGUGUUGUUUACAAAACCGAUGGAACGACCUUCGACUUCAUGAAUUCAUAUCUGGUGUGCGCAGGAACCGAAAAACUUUGCCAACAAUUGAUCGAUGGAAUAAAAGAGACAGAUUCGUGGUCAAUCAACUUUGGAUGACUGUUCCAUUCACAUCGAUGCGAAUUAGAGUGGAACGCAAUUUCGUUCUAAUUUUGUACAAUCGUGUAGCGCAAACAGAUUGUCGUAAUCAGUCGGUGUAUGUACUUCGUUGAUAACAUACGCCGCAAUUAUAUAUUCGUAAUAAAUUUGCUGAAGAAAUUCAACAUUUGGUUUAGAUUGCGGUCGUAAAAUAUCAUUCGUAAAACUAGGUAACGAUAGAGUGAACGGAGCGGUGUAAUCUGAUCAAAGUGAAAGCAUUUUAGAAGACUUCACACUAAUUGAAAUACUCAACAGACUCAUAAAGAAUGUCAGGAACAACCGACGACAUUUUGGCAAACGAAUGCUAUACCUUCGCAUUAGAUCUGGUGCGUGAAGCAGGUGCAAUCGUCAAGACGGGAUACGAAGAAUUGACCAAAACAGUGAACACAAAAUCAGGAUCCUGGGAUCUUGUCACCGAGUACGAUUCAAAGGUUGAAAAUCUUCUAAUCACAAGCAUCACCGAUAAAUAUCCCGAUCACCGUUUCAUUGCAGAGGAAACUAGGGCCGACGAGGUGCUGACCGAUACGCCAACAUGGAUUAUUGAUCCAAUCGAUGGCACGAACAAUUUCGUCCACGGCAUACCAUUCACCGCCAUUUCGGUAGCAUUUGCUUUGAAGAAACAAUUACAAAUUGGAAUUGUCUUCAAUCCGAUUAUGAACGAAAUGUAUACGGCACGAUUGGGUCAAGGGGCGUAUUUGAAUGGAAAGAAAAUUGCAGUGAGCAGUGCUGCGACGUUAGAUGAGUCCAUAUAUUGCCACGAAGUGUCCCUAGCUCGCAGAGAAGGCAUACGUGAUAAGCACAUGAAACGCGUGUACAAACUGGCUGCAUGUUGUCAAGGAGUCCGAGCAUUUGGAUGUGCAGCAUUAACACUGUCGUAUGUGGCUCGCGGAUCAAUCGAUUGCUAUCAUAUUGACGAUUUGUAUCCUUGGGACGUGGCAGCUGGUGCUUUACUGAUAACAGAAGCUGGCGGAAAAAUUUACAAAUCGAAUGGAGCACCGUACGACAUUAUGGAUCCGAAUAUUGUCUGUGCUGGAACGGAACAGCUUUGCAAGGAACUUAUUGAAGCAUUGAACGGAGCAGAUACAUUUCCUUUAAGGCUGGAGUGACCUUUAUUGGCGAUAUGACGUGUUUUAAGAGUAAAAUUAAAAUUUUAACUUA